CAUGGCAUAUGUGUGAACAGGAUUAUUUUGAAUGAUCCUAUAAUAUAUUAUAAAUAUUUAAAAAAAAAUCAGUGCAAACCUUUCAAUUAUAAUAAAAAAUGAUUAUUAUAGGUAUUCUAUUCUCAUAUCUGGGACAUACAUCGAACGAAUAGGGUGCAUAGAAAACCCCAGAUAUUUUUGCACACAGAAAGGUCAAAAUAAAGAAAUAGAGGCUACCAUUUCCAAAUCCCGCGUCCAACCGCACCCUGUGCAGAUGUUCAUUUUUUUGCGCACAUUUCUAGUCAUUCACAGGUUAAUUCUUCCUCAUCUCCACCUCACCUCUGCUGUCACCGAGUCUCCAGUGUAGCCUGCUUUCCUAUUGGAUUCAUUCGUCACAACGUUGUUAUGGGCGUGGAGGAGAUGGAGACUACGAAACCCCCUGGCUCGAAAUAAAAAAAAAGGGGUUGCGUAAGAACAUUUGUGGGAUCCCGGAGCACUGCGAACAUUUAAUUGUAUUUUAUUGCAUGCGCACUGAAUGAAAACCCCACAUUAGAUGUAUAGCUGUAGCUCUGGAAAACAUCUGAUCUCAUCAUCUCUUAAAAGCCACGAAAAGCAUUUCUUUAUUAAGGACGCCAGGAGGAAAAUCGAGGCGAAUGGUGGUCUUGUGUUCUGUCGACAUGGUCUUCAUGGGAGAUGCGGAGAUCAGACGGAUAGAGGCAUUUGAUUGAUGGUUAUUAUUCACAGACGAGCUGCUUUUAUUGCCACGGAUGUCCAAAGACGCUGUUUUAUUGGAGUCAGCAAACUGAAAAUGCCACAGAUCCUGGGCGUCAUCUUCUGUUUUGCCUUCGCCCCAGCUUUGAGGGGAGCAGCUUGGGUGUUUGCUGGUGUUUGCUGACCGGACAUUAGGGGCAGGUUGCGCUCGUGCAUAUACGCAGCCUAAAUUAAACCUUCCACACUCAGCUGUAAUUGCGCCAAAUGUACGUCAGUUAUCGCUCGUUUCUUUUUGCGCAGGCAGCGCGUGCGAAACGUUCACAGCGCCGACCACGCGAGUAGACCCCGCACGCCGUUUUUGUGCUUAUCAGGUCGAUUAACGGAUCGAUUCGAAAGUUGUUCGUAACAAAUCUUGGUUGCUUUUCGUUUUAUUAUUUGGUGGAUGGUGCGAAAUUGGCCCAUGUUGAACUGCGCCAGAGUGCGUGCGCUGCAUGAACUCGGCCGCCGCGCCCCCGUGGUGCAAACGACGCCGGUCCACGUGAGCUGGAAACGAUCAGGCGAACAUUGUUAGAGAAGACCGUGUGUGUUUUAUAAACAAUGGAGCCCGGCAGCGGACUCAAAUCCGCUGACGGUCCAUCGAUGUCCAAGUGUCCAUCCGUUCCCAAUUGGCAGUGCGAGCUCAACGGGAGUAUGUAUGGCUCCGUCAGCGAGGGCAACGUGAAUAAGAUGGACGGCUCGGGCGCGGUGCGUGGUGCCAGCGACCCGAGCGCUUAUCCGCCGCUGUCGAGUUGCCGGCGCUCCGGCGGCCACCGCUUCAUCCGCAGAAGUUUGUGGUUUGCGGACGACGAGCAGCCGCACGAGGCUCCGGAAUACGACGUCCGUAGCGACACUUCCACCGUUUGCCUGCGAACGAUCGUGGACCGGACCAGGCGCGCUUGGUCCAGUUUACAAGAAAGUUCGAGCACCGAGAGUCAGGCCGGACAAAAGGACAGCGCCACGGAAAGCACGAGUGCCGACGAGGAGAAGGACAAGGCCGGUCCCCAAGUGAACGCAGAGGCACAGGACUGCGGGAAAAGCGCCGUGAAGACCGCGAGCGAGGAGAACGAAGAGGAGGCCGAGAUGAAAGCCGUAGCCACGUCUCCCAGCGGCCGCUUUCUCAAAUUCGACAUCGAGCUUGGAAGAGGCUCUUUCAAAACCGUCUACAAGGGCUUGGACACGGAGACCUGGGUGGAAGUGGCGUGGUGCGAACUCCAGGACCGUAAGCUGUCAAAAGUGGAGAGACAACGCUUUAAAGAGGAGGCUGAGAUGUUAAAGGGUUUGCAGCAUCCGAACAUUGUGCGGUUCUAUGACUUCUGGGAAUCUCUGCUCAAAGGAAAAAAAUGCAUCGUUCUGGUGACAGAACUCAUGACCUCAGGGACAUUAAAAACUUAUCUGAAGCGGUUCAAGGUGAUGAAGCCCAAAGUGUUACGGAGUUGGUGUAGGCAGAUCCUGAAAGGCCUUCACUUUCUUCACACACGUACCCCUCCCAUCAUCCACCGGGACCUAAAGUGCGAUAACAUCUUCAUCACGGGUCCAACGGGUAGCGUGAAAAUCGGGGACCUGGGCCUGGCCACUCUUAAAAGAGCCUCUUUCGCGAAGAGCGUCAUUGGCACUCCGGAGUUUAUGGCCCCAGAAAUGUAUGAGGAGCAUUAUGAUGAGUCUGUGGAUGUGUAUGCCUUUGGCAUGUGCAUGCUGGAGAUGGCUACAUCAGAAUAUCCAUACUCAGAGUGCCAGAAUGCUGCCCAGAUCUACAGAAAAGUCACCAGCGGGGUGAAGCCCGCAAGCUAUAACAAAGUUAAGGACCCGGAGAUCAAGGAGAUCAUUGGCGAGUGCAUUUGCCAGAAUAAGGAAGAGCGUUACUCCAUCAAGGACCUACUGAAUCACGCGUUCUUUGCGGAGGACACUGGCGUGCGAGUGGAGCUGGCUGAGGAAGAUGACGGAAGGAAGGCCUCUAUUGCGCUAAAGCUGUGGGUGGAGGACUCACGCAAGUUGAAGGGCAAGUACAAGGACAGCGGUGCCAUCGAGUUUACCUUCGACAUUGAGAGGGAGGUGCCUGAAGGUGUGGCUCAAGAGAUGGUUGAAUCGGGUUUCUUUCACGAGAGCGACGCUAAGAUAGUGGGGAAGUCCAUCCGCGACCGAGUGGCGUUGAUAAAGUGGCGACGAGAACGCACCGUGUCCUCAGCCAUGCAGAGUGGGAUCGCGCCGACGACGCAAGCCCAGGUCCUCCUCAGCUCCGUGCCCACUGUGUGUGAGCCCACAGGUGUGUUAGAGUCAGAGGAAACGGAAGCAGACCAGCACACCAAUCUGACCCAGAUGAGCAGCAGCACUACCUCUGUUACAUCUGACAGCGGCAUUGGCUCGAUCAUAUACUCUGACUCCCACAGCAGCAGCUUGCACAGUGUCAUUUACCCGACACUGCAGGAAUCUGUUUCCACAGCAGUGCAGCAGUCACAUGUCCCUGGGUGUUUUUUGACACCACAUGACAAUGUUUAUGAGCCGUUGCCUUGCCCCCAUGGAACUGGGUCUAAAGCAGGUUUCCGUCGCCAAAGCACUACUGUGAUUGACGCGCUGAGAGACCAUCCACAUAUCCAGUCAGUUUUUCAGCCAGAAAGUCCCGAUUCCAUUUCAUCAAUCCCAUUCAAAUUUAAGAGGAACGAUUCUUCCGCCCCAAAUUUGUUGCUUUCGCCAUUGCCGUUUGAUACUCGACGCCAUAGUGAUUCGUCAGUGGUGCUUUCUCCUGAGACCGAGUGUGACGAACCUCCAUCGAAAUCCUGGGGAUGUCGACGUUGUCUAAAUCACAUCCCUCUCAUUCCGUAUCCCUUGUGCACAACUUGCCUAUCACAUCUCUUAUCGAGGACAAGGACGGGAACAAACCCCAUCUCAUGCACUUCUCUCCACACUCCAUGUAUAUGUGAGGGCCAACCUAUAUCUCCGACUGGACUCUUACUCAGUGGGCACAGAGGCUCUCUCCUUUACGAGACCUCUGACUUAUCAGAGCUUAACAAAUCCCUGGAAAACAUUACAGGCCACAAGCACGUCCCAAAUGUCUCUGCCUUACUGAAGGUCCCGUCCAUGGUGUUCGAAACAGGGCCAUAUCGGACUGUGCGUAGUCACGGUGACGAGAAUGAGUUGACCGAAUCUCUGAGUCCUGAGCGAAUGCCAAAGCCAGGAAUGCACCGCAGGGCGAGUGUGUGCAUGGGUGACCGUACGUUCACAUGUCCGUCAAGCACACUGGGUGUUCAGAGCCAGCCAGCAUCAGCUGCAUCCAUGCAGGUGCCUGCUCAUCUGCUUCAAGCCUCACAAAGUUAUAUGCCAGCUGUACCCAACGCUGUACCUUUGCAGCCUAGCUACGUGCCAGCAAGCCAGCCUGUGCAGCCGCAGGCGUACUCUUCACUGCCCUCCACAGCACAAAAGCAAGCAACAAUCAUCCAACCAGUACAGCCAACACCUGCUUACAGUUCCUCUGGUGUACCCCAGAUGGUGAGCGUACAGAGCUGCCCUCUUACAAGACCAAUAGCCCAGGCAAAUGCCAGUGUACCACAGGGCUACGCUGCCGGUAUGCAGCAGCUUGCAAGUACACACAUUCAACCAUCUUUGCAGCAAAUUGAAGCUGGCCAGACAUUGGUAUCAUUGCAGCAAGCCAAACAUUUACUGCCUGAUCAACAGUCUGUCAGUUCAACUGUUCAACAGUUGACAAAUGUCCAGAAUCUCCCGGCUUCACAGUGCACUGUGCAGCCCGUUUCUGCUUACAUUGCAGUACAGCAUCCCUUCAGUGUACAGAGCUUUCAGGAAACACCAGCGCUGCAGAUAAGCAUGCAGGCAUCACACAGGAUCCAUCAUGGCCCAUCUGGAGCUGCACCAAUAAGCCAAGAAGACACUCUUCUGACUGAACAAGCCACAACACAAAAAGAUCUCAAUGCAGCCGGCAUGAUCGCUGCUGGGAAAGCAGAUUUCAAAGAAUCUGCUAGUCUUACUGUACCCUUACAAACAAGUCACAGAAUUGACGUUACAGCCCAAGUGUCAUCCCUCACUCCGCUCUAUCUCUCCACUGGCCAACCUGUGCCUGCCCCUCCCUCGGUUUCACCGGGGCCCAAUUUACAGAUGGAUGGCACUGUGCCAACACCCCACCCACUCCUACCCGCUGCAUGCUCUGCACCAACACACUGUUCCCAACAAGCCUGUGCACCUCCUGUGUUUGCAAGUAUAAUACCCACAAUACAGUACUCCCAGCAGGGCUACAGUAUGGCUCAGCAACAAAGUGCAAGCUCCAUGGCUACGCCUUCUUUGCAUCCCCUCACACAGAGCAGCUCUUCAAUUUAUCCUUCCCAGCUUACUUCACCAAACACUGCCUGCCUAUCUGCAGGAGCUCCUCCCAUCUUUCAGGCUACUCAGGGUGCUCCUGGCAGAAAUACCCAGUCCCAGAUUGUGCUUCCGGCCCUGGUGAGCAAAUCCCAGAGCCCAGUUCCAGUCCAUGCCGCCAUGCCCAUUGCUGUUCCGGUUCAUUCUUCUCAGACAGCCGUCACCGUGGCUCCACAUGCUAUCGCCAUCCCUGGCCAUCAUCUACACACUGGCUCUGCUGCCUUGCUGACGCCUUCUGUGCCACAAGGGAUUGUACCAGAUCCUUUGAGCAUCGAGGAAGCUCUGGAUGCGAACCAGGAAACUCAGGCCUCUGCAGUGACCAGUGAAAUGACUCAGCAAGCACAGCCCAGCAGCAGCAUCACGACGCAUCACGUUCAGCAGUGCAGCAGCAGCGCAAGUGGAACGAGCCAGCCAGCCACUGAAGUGUUUGCUGAGGAGUGUGCUAUAGAUAAGCAGACUGUGGCUGCAUAUGACAGUGUGACCUCUGAUGCCACGUCAGGAAAAGAGAUGAGCGACGGGAACGAGGGAACGCACGGCGGAAGGAGCGAGUCGAGGGUCCGCAAGCAUCAUCGCAAAUCCUCCCGUACGCGUUCCCGCCAGGAGAGAAGCGGCAAACCAAAACUGAACAUGCUCAACGUGUGUAACACGGGUGACAAGAUGGUGGAAUGCCAGCUGGAGACUCACAAUCACAAGAUGGUCACUUUUAAGUUUGACCUUGAUGGAGAUGCUCCUGAGGAGAUUGCCACGUACAUGGUUGAGAACGACUUCAUCUUGCUGCUUGAGAAAGAGAUGUUCAUUGAGCAGCUAAAGGACAUAGUGGAGAAGGCUGAGGACAUCCUGAGUGAAGAUGCUGAGGGAGAGAAGGGUUCAGGACAUCAGUCACAGCCCCAUCAGAACCUCAAAGGGGGUUCUGCUUUUGAGGGAGCAAAGCCUCAACAAACACAGUCAAAUCAACUAGUAUACCAGCAAAAUGUACUUCACACAGGCAAACGCUGGUUCAUCAUCUGCCCUGUGGCUGAGACCACAAAUAAUGGAGAAGAAAAUGUCACAGCCAAAGACCAAGUGAGCACACCUGCAGCUCAAAUUCAAGAUACUAGCACAGAUGAAGCCAGACCACUCCCAAACAACCCACCCCUGCCUGACACAGCCCUCAAUGCCCCUGAACACAUGCAAACAGUGGACGAUUCUCAAAACACUAAACAAUCACGGAUGUCCAUGGUUACCGACAUCCCAUGCUGUCCUAUCCUCCCUCCCACAUCCCAGGCUGAAAAUGUUAUAAAACCUGUACUUCCUCCCCAGCCAGCCAGCCAUGACCCCAGUCCUGUCUCGGAUACAUCUCUGACCCAGGUUCAACCAGUGGUGCUUCAGCAGCCGAUUUCCACACCUGUUCCACCUGCUACACAGUCACAGCCGCAGAGCCCCGCACAUCUACCACAACAAAGUCUUACUACUACCACAUCAGGGCCUACCACUUCUCACACUCAGCCAGGGGGUGGCCCAGCUGAGUCUGAUGGAGAAGGGCCUCCUAGACUAGAGUUCACCGAUAGGACAAUAAAGACACUUGAUGAGAAGCUCAGGAACCUUCUGUACCAGGAGCAUAAUCCCUCCCAAUCCACGAGCUCCACCUCAGAUCCUCCUGGCUCACCUCCGGUAUCAGACAGUCAAAGCAGUGAUGGACCACUCAGAAGAGGGGAUAUACUGCCUCAGAUUCCAGAGCGGAGUGAUAGUCUUGGGGCCUUGAGUGACUCAGCUGUUGCCCCUUUAAAUGGGCAGACAACAACUGACAUCGAAGGCAACUUUGGACAUUCUACCUCGAAAAGCCGUUUCCAGAUUGUUCCAACGGCACCGGAUAUUGUCCAGAGUUUGGAGCGUGGCAGAAAGAGCCGAAAUUCCUGCAGUUUUGAAGCAUCUGGCCACACAGAAGAUGAGGCUGCUAUGACCACAAAUGUUUCCGCUGCAGAUAAGAACGGAAGCCAGACCAUGCAAAUGUGCCAUAGUAAUCGUUAUUCGGCUCCCCCAAAUCUUUUUCAGGAUCUGCUCGAUUCCAAUAUGGAGACCCUGACCUCAGUGCCUCAUGCUCAGACCACCUUGUCAAUGGAUGCAGCCACACAGCAUGGCUUCCACCUCUCCACAGAUUCGGGUGAAGAGGACAGCCAAUCGAUUCCUCCCCAUAAACCCGCACAAGCCUUUUCCAGCCAUUCGGAGCACGGUGGAAGUGAUCUCGUAAAGCGGGCUGUAGCUUUCUUUCGUCGCUCCGGCCGCAGCAGCAGCGUGCAGAGCUCGGAUUCGCCCAGCCGCCCACCAGUUCUUAAUGGCCAUGCGCCAUGUGUUUCAAGCCAUGCCCAUUCUGCGUACGUCAGCAGUGAUAACGACUCGGAGUUUGAAGAUGCGGACAUGAAAAAGGAGCUGCAGAAGCUCAGAGAAAAGCAUAUGAAGGAAAUCUCCGAGCUGCAAGCCCAUCAGAGAGGUGAGAUUGAGCAGCUAUAUUCACGGCUCGGCCGGCCCGUGCCACCUAGCGUGGGAUUUUUGCACGCAGUACCCCCUAGUGGCCGCCGGCGCAAAACCUCGAAACACAAGCUGAAAGCGGGCAAGCUUCUCAAUCCGACAGUGCAACAACUCAAAUCCAACCGUGCUAGCAGCCCAGAGACCUGUUCUAGCAUGUCGGGAUCUCCAGCUAAAAGCUCAGUGCUGGGUAACAGUUCUGUGGCUUCCAGCAUGGCCAUACUGCAGAGUCCAGUGUCUGAACCUCUGCAACCAGUCCAAACGCAGCAGCCAUGCUCGCUCAAAGUCUCACUGUCCUCCGACAACAUCUAUGAUUCCGCCCCACAUGCUCUUCCAGGGCAAGGCUGGACCGUUUACCACCAAACAUCCGAGAGAGUCACCUAUAAAUCUAGUAGCAAACCACGCACUAGAUUCCUCAGUGGACCCGUGUCUCUGUCCAUCUGGUCUACUCUGAAACGACUAUGUCUAGGCAAAGAGCGCAGUAGUAGGUCCUCACAUUGCAGUGGCACAACAUCAUCAAGCUCAGCAUCCAAUCAACAAUCAGCCAUGUCUCCUGUUAACAUGCCGGUGCCUGAUCCUCAGCCAUUAACGACACUAGCUCAGGCUCAGACCAACAACAGCAAUAAUAAAAAGAGGACGUUCACCGACGACUUGCACAAGCUGGUUGACGACUGGGCGAAAGAGACGCUCACUGCUGGCCCUCAGCCUCGACCUUCGCUCAACCAAAUCAAACUGCAGCAAAGGAAUCAGGACUUGAAGGGCACGUCCACAAGUAUGAGUGGAGGCACAAUUUCGAUGAGGGCUCCUCUGCCCCCAAAGUCGUUGCCAUUCCAGCUGCCUCUCCCAUGUCCACUCACCGCUGCUUCGGGCCCCAGUGUGCCUCCUGCCCUCAGUAACACACCCUCCCCUGUUCUUCACCCAUCAUAUUUGCUUCCCACUGGCCCUUUUGGAGCGGUGAUGCCAGCUUCCCAGUACCCACCCCAGUGGCCUCAGGUUACCUGCCCGGUUGGCACAAUGGGGUCAGCAAACAUGAUUGGCGCUCCGGCUAUGAUGCCCCACCCUACUUUGGUUAAUCCUGCACUGCAAACCUUUCCCAUGGUGUUGAAUGGCUCAGAAGUGACCACGUGCAGAGGCAGUGCCAGGACUGUAUAACUAUGCCAUCAUUGCUCCAACUGGUGUUUCUCUGUAAUGCAGUAAUGCUUUCUACUAUGCUGUGUAAAUUAGAACUAUGCCGAUCAUCCAGUGGCUCCCUGGUUAUAUCAGUAACUUCCUUAAAUUGGCUGGUGAACAAUCAGUGUCUGUCAUAGACAUGCUGUGGUGUGCAGAUUACCCAGGCGUCACAGUGAAACUACAGUACCCAUAGUCCUGCUGCAUUGGUCCAGUGUUAUUGAUGUCAGCGGCAGUCUGUAUUUGACAGCAGAGACUUGUACAUAGACUCGGGGCUUGUAAAUAGCGUGUACGUGUGCGUGCUCGAACAAGUGCAAGUCUGCAUUUGUCUGGCCUUUUUGAAUUAUACAGCCAUAGUGAGUCAUAAUGUUAUGGUCCUUAUCCAUCAGUCUUUUUCACGAGUCAGCAGUCGUCAUUUGCAUUAGGCUAAAACGGAUAGAAAUGCCUUUACCAAUGACCUGCCAGAGCGUACGUGCACAAAAUGUAAAGGAGAUUAGACAAACUUCAAAAAACAAAUCUGAAAGUGUUCGAUUCGAUUAUCCGUCUGUAAUAAUAAUUAUUGAAAGUCUACAGUAUGACUCUGGUAGAUACAUUGAUUCUUUUGGACUGAGAGAAUUGUUUGCAAAUGUCCACAAUGUUCUCUGUCCACACUGGAAAGACAGAAAAAGAACCAAGCAUCAAGGGGAAUGUAGUGCCUUGAGAGUUUAAAACAAUUUCCCCAUAAAAAUCUGCAAUUCAGUCGUCAGUCAGAUCCUAGUGCUUGACUAGUGGCUAGUGCUAGUCCUUUUUUUGAAGCAUUAGAAAAAUCUUAAUCGUUGCAAUACCCAUUUCAAUUCAAAUCCUCCUCAUCUUUCUAGAAUGUUUAUUGUUUACGGAGUUAAGGCUUUUCAGACAAAGCAUCACACUCAGAAAAAAAAAACACAGCUCUUACAACCCCUUAGUACAAGCACAGGAAUAAGUAUUUACAGAUCUGUUUUCCACAACUGUGACCUCAAACACUGGCCACUUGCAUGUCUUUGAUGGCGCAAUACUGAACAAGGCUUUGUCACUGCAAAAUGUUCGUGCUGCAGUGCUUCAGAGCGUUGUCCAUAGAAAGGAAAGUUACAUUUCUUGCAUGGUCAAUGUAAAGUUUACAAAAUUCAGUCCAGGUUUAGCUUUGUAAAUGUCGGGGUGGGGGGGGUUGUUUAGGGGUCGAAUAAACCUGUGUUCAGAGGAACGCACUACUCAGAGAAGAUGGGACGGGAAGAUUCGGCUUCACGUACUUAAGUGCAAUUUAACUCGAAAUCCCAAUUAAAAUAACGGGCCGAAGGUAGCCUUGUCAUGAGCCAUAUGCACUAACCGGGUGAAAGAGGAGGACCUGUGGAGACGCCACGGAACUCCGUAGCGAGCCAUACAGUAAAUUAGAGAAAGUUUAGUCAUGUAUUUUUUUUUUUUCUUCGGUUGCAAGUUCUUUCAGCGGUGUUUCAAUUGGAUGUGUGGUAUAUUUCAAGGUACUCGGGUGGUGCAAUAUUUAGUUUACACUUGUUAAUAUAAUGGAUUUUAUUUAGAUGGUUUUUUUUUUUCUAAAGCUGCUAGAAUGGCACAGGUGGGUCCAGAAUAUGAAAAACCAAGGUGAGCAACACUGACUAUACCAGCCAAAAGGUACCAAAUCAACAAAGAAAAUCUUUAUUCUCCGCUGCUGGAUGAGAGAGAUACCCGAGUAUUAGAUUUCAAAUCACUCAUUAAGAUGUUCCUGGGUUUUUCUUGGUUUAAGCAAAUGUUCAUUUUUAAUAAGUGGUCCUCAUUUUAAAGGGACUUAGCACCUUCUUGUUCAUGCACUUCCCUCUACUGUAAUCUGAUUUGUUCUUUGGACUUGCAUGAUUUCUUUUUGGUUAUACACACUUCUUAAAUAGAACCAGUCGCUUUUUUUCUUUUCUCUCCACUGCAUUUAAACAGCAAUACACUAAUGGAAGAAGAAGAAAAUCCAGCAGAUUACCCAGUCGUGCUCCAUGCUCACAAUCUUGAUACUGUGAUGCCACUUUAAACAAUGACGUUGGAGUAUGAGGAAUUAAAUCACAUUGUGACACACUUAGUAGCCAGAAUAUUUUUUUUUGUUUGUUUUUGUUCCAGAUAUUAGAAUCUUGAAUAUAGAGAGGGAUUGGGAUGGUCUGGAAUCUUUGCUACACUUGCAACUUUUGCACUUGCCCCUCUUUUUUUUUUUUUUUUUUUUUUUUGGUAAGUUAAUGAUCGUCACUUGGACCAGCAUGUUUAGGCUCGUUACUUACACCCUUCAAAAAAUCCGAGCCACAUUUUUACCCUGCAUUCAAAGAGGUUGUGAGCCGGAGGUUUUGUCAAGCUGUGAAUUAUACCGGUCGCUUGUAAUUAAUGUAUAUACAGAUGUUUUGCUCUGUAUUUUCUUUCCUUUGUUCUUUUUUUUUUUUUUUUUUUUUUGCCUUUUUCCUAACAUGUAUGUGUUUUUUCUUCCAUCAAUUCAUUUUGAAUUGGAAUUUUUUUAAAUGUAGGCUGUUCUGCAGAAUAUUCUGCUUUGGAUGAAACACUUUUUAUAGAAAAAGAUUUCUUUCCUUUGUUAAUGGUGGGUUUUUUUUUUUUUUUUUGAUCCAGUGCCCAAUUCUGUAUAAGCAUUUAGCAGAGGCGGAACUGAUUUUUCAUUAUCAAUUUUUUUGUACAUGAAAGCCAUGGUUCAUUGCUUCUGCUUCGAUUUGCCCAUGCACUGCAUUACUUUCUUCAGCCCAGCCUAAAUAAUAAGCUGCAUUUUCGAUCACAAAGACUGUAUAUGUUUAAUGAAAGAAAUAAAUAAACAUUAUUUUGUGCUUGA